AUAUGUCAUGCGAGAUAGAACGUCUACCCGGGAGGAGGUUACGUUAUAUAAAACUGAGGUUGAGAUGGAACCUGGCAAUCGAGCAACGACCUAUCUACCUUUAAGACGUCACCGUGAUAGCAUCUCUACAGCACCAUGGCUCCAGAAAUUAAGUUUACAAAACUGUUCAUAAAUGGGCAAUUUGUUGACUCACAAAGUGGGAAGACCUUCCCAGUUGUCAACCCAUCAACAGGCAAAGUUAUCUGUCAAGUCAGUGAAGGUGAUAAGGCUGACAUUGACCUAGCUGUUGAAGCUGCAAAUGAGGCUUUCAAAUUAGGCUCAACAUGGAGAACCAUGGAUGCGUCAGCAAGAGGUCGUUUGAUGGAAAAGUUAGCUGGACUCAUGGAAAGGGAUAUGCAUUACUUGGCCCAGUUGGAAACUUAUAACAAUGGCAAACCAUUGAAAGAUGCUGUGUUUGAUAUUUAUGGUGCAAUUUAUGCCCUCAAGUACUAUGCUGGAUGGGCAGACAAGAUCCAUGGCCAGAGUAUUCCAGCAGAUGGAAAUGUGUUUGUGGUGACGCGAAAGGAGCCGGUUGGUGUGGCUGGACAAAUCAUUCCUUGGAACUUUCCAAUUCUCAUGUUGGCUUGGAAAUGGGGUCCUGCUCUGGCUACUGGAUGCACUGUCGUCAUGAAACCAGCAGAGCAAACGCCAUUGACCGCUCUCUAUAUGGCUCAUUUAACUAUCGAAGCCGGAUUUCCACCUGGAGUUAUCAACGUUGUGAAUGGUUUCGGAGCUACUGCCGGAGCGGCCUUGGCUUCACAUGAACGUGUUCAAAAGAUUGCGUUCACAGGUUCUACUGCAGUUGGCAAACUAAUCAUGGAAGCUGCAGCAAAGAGUAAUUUGAAGCGUGUCAGUUUGGAAUUGGGAGGGAAGUCCCCAAUCGUCGUUUUCCCGGAUGUCGACCUGGAUAAAGCGGUGCAGACCUGUCACAAUGCAGUCUUUGCCAACAUGGGACAAUGUUGCUGCGCUGGUACGCGUACGUUCGUUCAUGAAUCCAUAUAUGACCAGUUUGUAGAGAAAGCUACCGAGCUGGCACGCAAGAGAAAGUUGGGUGACCCGUUCGGGGAAGUUGAUCAAGGACCUCAGGUCAGCGAAUUGCAAUUCAACAGAAUCAUGGCACUAAUUGAAGCUGGCAAGAAAGAAGGAGCUGGCCUGAAAGUCGGUGGACAGAGACAUGGACCCGAAGGAUAUUUCAUUGAACCCACUGUGUUUGUAGAUGUCCAGGAUGACAUGAGGAUUGCAAAAGAAGAGAUUUUUGGACCUGUCCAACAAAUCAUGAAGUUUAGCACCAUGGAAGAAGUUAUCAAGCGCGCUAACGACACGCACUAUGGAUUAGCUGCAGGCAUUUUAACCAAUGACAUAAACAGAGCUCUGACUUUUUCGCAGGCAGUAAACGCUGGAACUGUUUGGGUUAAUUGUUUCCUUCACGUGACGGCACAAGCUCCAUUUGGUGGAUUUAAACAAUCCGGAAUCGGUCGCGAAAUGGGUGAAGAAGGCAUUCAUAGCUAUCUUGAGAUGAAGACGGUGACCAUCUCGAUGAGCAAGUUCUAAGUUGAAAUGUUCCCCCACUUUCUUUUUGUUACGCCAUUCUAGUUACUGUUUUCUUCUAAAAGUUUUUGCAAGUCAAAACUUGGGAAUAGAAUUGGUCUAUUUUAAAAAAAGUUAAUUAAGAGGGAAAAUUUUGUGCAAUUACUGUUACGCUUGAGGACGAAAGUUAAAAAUUAUAAUAUUCAACUUUG